GGAGCGGAAGCAGAGAGGAAACACGUAGAUCCACGGCGCACCGCGCCCCCCUCCCCUCCCCGACCAGGGCCUGUGCGCAGCUCCGGUAGGAGCCACCGCUGCGUCCUGGAGGAGGAGGAUCAGCGCGCCUGCCGGAGUUUCCUAUUGUCCACGCGCAACCGCGGGGGACUCGUUUCCGUGCGUUUCCUCGGGUUCAUAGCGGAAUAGAGAGGUGGUAGACACCCAUGCUCAGCUCAGGGAACAUGGAGGAAUUCGUAACCGAAGAGGAAGAGCCGUGGUACGACCAGCAGGACCUGGAGCAGGAUCUCCACUUGGCAGCGGAGCUGGGGAAGACGCUGUUGGAGAGGAACAAAGAGCUGGAGGACUCUCUGCAGCAGAUGUACAUCACUAAUGAGGAGCAGGUGCAAGAGAUUGAGUACCUGUCCAAGCAGCUGGAGGUUCUUCGGGACAUGAAUGAGCAGCACGCCAAAGUGUAUGAGCAGCUGGAUGGAACGGCCAGAGAGUUGGAACACACAAACCACACUCUGGUGACGGACAGCAAAACCUCGCAGCAGAAGAUCGAGAGGCUAACAGGAACCAUUGAGACUUUGCAGAACCAGGUGGAGUCGCUGUCAGAACAGGUGGAUCAGCUUCGUUCAAUGGAGCAGCUCCGAGUCAAGCGGGAGAAGAGGGAGCGACGCAAGACCAUUCACUCAUUCCCAUGCCUGAGGGAGCUCUGCACAGCACCCAGGUAUGAAGAUGAGUUUGUUGUAGGGAGGGCCGAGAGCUUUACAGUAGAACCCAAGUGUCAGCCGUUCGAAGAAGAGAACCAGCAUCUGAGGGAGGCGGUGUCGGCUCUGCGAUCAGCUGUCCGGACCGAGAGGGGACGAAGGGAAGGAGUGGAGAAGGAGUGUAACCUCCUGGUUGCAGAGUUCUCCCGACUGCAGACACGAGUGCAGGAUGCUGAGAGCUGCCAGGUGAGGGUCCGGGAGUUGGAGGUGGAGCUGCAGGAGCUCCAGCAGCUACGGCGUGCUCGGGCUUUCCUGCUGAGCAGUGAGGACGACGGCGUGGCCCUCACCCAGACUGUUCUCCGCAUCACCCCAGAAACUGACACAUUCCUGGAAGUGGGUGAGGGGGAGACAGGAGGCGGUGUAAGGGAGGAGACCGAAGGUGGAGGAGGCAGAGGAGGGGAGGCUUUACCUGAGUCCAGCCCUGUGAGGAAGAGCUGCAGUGACACGGCACUCAACGCCAUCGUGGCCCGGGAUGCAUCCGGCCGGAGGAGGGGCAGCUAUGCUCUCCAUGCCAAUAGCGUGAGGAAGAGGGGGAUGUCCAUCCUCAGGGAGGUUGACGAGCAGUACCACGCCUUGCUUGAGAAGUACGAGGAGUUGUUGGGAAAGUGCAGGCGUCACGAGGAGAACCUGUGUCACACCGGGGUUCAGACUUCGCGACCUGUCUCCAGAGAUCCAUCCAUGAAAGACUGUGCCAUGGGGCCCACCCCGGUGCCUCCACCUACACCCACUCAAUCCCCCUCUACCCCUGAAGCCAUUGAGAGCAUCAGCAAGCAGGUUGAGGCGGUGGAUAAACGGCUGGGCCAGAACACCCCAGAGUACAAGGCCCUUUUUAAGGAGAUCUUCUCUCGCAUCCAGAAGACCAAGAUGGACAUCAAAGCUACCAAAGCUGCCAAAGGAAGCAAACCUGGCAAAUCUGGAAAAUCCAGUAAACGCUAAAUGUACACUUACCGACUCUGUAAAAGCUGAGUGUGUGGCUAUUUAAAUCUUAGAUGCUUGAGUUCGUGAGCAGAGGCCGGUAUGAAGAUUAUUAUGGGGGGUGCUACUUUCAAAACUGAUUAAUUCAAGUACAGAUCAAGUAAACUGAGGUCAGAUCCGACUGCACGCUUUUCAACCAUCAAGCAAAAGAAACUGAAACAGAUUUGCAUGCAAUCAGUUUUUAACCUUGUCAGAAUCCAGUCAUAUACAGUAUAUAUACAAACCUAUACAACAUGAAUUACUUUGUUCAGAACGGGUUCGCAUUCACCUCCAACUUAUUCUUCGAUGCAGUGUUCAAACUUGAUAUAAACUUGCUUGACUGCCUUACUUACCUUACAUAUUACACUCACAAUAGCACAGCUGUUCCAGUAUGUGUCCUUUAAAGCCAUUCUAUGUAGCAAUCCCACCUCUGACCACAUGGGGGCAUAUAGAGUUCAAGUUUUGACAAACGGGAGACUGACAAAACUCUGCUAAUGAGUGGGGAUGUCAAGUACAUCUUGUAAUACCACUAUGUUCCACUAGAGAUGCACUUUGUUGUGUCUUACCCCAGGGACUGACAUGUAAACAUACUGCCACCAUGUGGUCAGAAGUGGUACUGCGGUAUAGUCUCUUUAAACCUCACAAGUCCACUAAAAGUUAAAGGUUCAUUAAAAAUUUUGUAAUAAUUUUCUUUCAGAGAUGUAGAAUUUUAAAUGUUAAAUCAAUACAAGAUACAGUUCUUGAGUUUAUAGUAAAGGACUUUACUAACACUGUAUUUUCUAUGCUAAAGCUUCAAGUACUACUUAUAUCGCUAAUCAUAUUAACGCUGAAAUAAAUUAAAGGAAGCAUUUUUGCCUAGAUGAGACGCAUUGGUGAAUUUAGUUGGCACCCAUUUGAUCCACAAAACAGCUGUUAUGCAGAUGUGGGCCACAUUUGGGCCAAACAUUAACACCCUGCUGCCACAGUCGUGCUGCCUUGUUGGUGGGUGUUUCUGACGUGCCUUCAUGCCAAUUAAACAGCCAGUCGAAUUUCUUUCUGCUCAGCACACAAGUAGGCUCCUUCCUGUGAAACAGUCCCGCCUCCUCGUGCGAUAUUGUUGACUUGUAGCUGCGUUCUCAUAAUUCGAUUAGUGUUGAGACAUAAUUCCCUUCAGUAACAUCUGAUGUCAUUCUGAGAUAACUUGCAAAAACACAGUGAACGUUUCCAACACGUGUCUAUGUGCAGGGAGUUACACUCUAUUACUGUACACCUAACUACUGCUAAUGAACCCUCGGUUUUCUUUUGGAAAAUGUAAGAGUCUAGUGGAAAGAAAAAAUCCAAACCCCUCAUAUUCUUUAGUGGACCAGUUCACACGAGCUCGAAGCCUGCAGAGAUUAAAAUAACCAGUUUAAUUUCUGUCCUUAAUACUGGCUUUUGAGCUUUUCUUUUUUUCAGUCAAUACUCCUUUUACCCUUUCAUAAAAUCCCCAGUUGUUAUCACAAUUAAAUGAGUUAAUGUAUAGUAAAAAAAACAAGGUGAUAACUUAAAAAA